AUGUUGUCCAAUCUUAUCGUACUUGCCGUCAAAUCUGGAAGGCUACACCGAUGGCUGUUUGUACGCCGAGGAGCCAGGAGAAUGAUCGCCCUAUCGUCAGUCGACAGACUAUCACUCGUCGAGGCAACUGCGAUGGACGUUCAGACUCUAGUGAGCAUAACUGUGGUGCGCAUUUUCAAGGCAAUAGAGGGCUCAUUCAAUGGAGAAAUCGACCCUCUGGAUUUGCUAAUACAAGAUGGCGUCCUGACGAAAUUUCAUGGUAAACCAAACCCUCGCAUCCUGGAGAUUGGGACUAGAACGGGGGAAACGACAGCAGUGAUCCUCGAGAGCUUUGUGUCCACUUAUAGAGAACCCAUGUUCUCUUCCUGUGCGUUCGAAGAUACAUCCCCGGGCUUAUUCGUGAUUAACAUAGAGUUUUUUCGCCUCGAUAUCAGUCAAGAUCCAGCCGACCAGAGGUUUCAGGUUGAAUCUUACGACUUUAUCACUGCAGCAAACGCAAGUAGUCCAGCAUUACUCAAACACUUCAAAGCUAAAAGUAUUGUGGGUUCUUCAAGCUAUGCCGAAUAUCGGGAAAACAUGUCAAAUAUUCGGAAAUUGCUUCAAGCGAAUGGAAAAUCAAUUUGA